GUAGAGCGCGUGUGGUCAUGUGGCGGGUCAGCUGAUACCAGCACAAUCAGGAAGCGACUUGGAAAGAAUUAUUAUAUGUUAAUAUUUACUCGCCGCGUGCAGGCGAUCAUCGCUUCAUAUCUGUAAUAUAAGUGUGUGAAGAUCAGCCAGAGGAAUGUUUGCAGCAGACGAGGAGGACGGAGACUUUCUGUCCCCCACUGGAGGAGCAAAGUUAGCCUCUCUCUUUGGACUGGAUCAGGCAUCGAGCAAGGGGAAUGAGUCUUUCCAGUACACGGCACCCAAACAGCCCCGCAAGAACGCUGCCAACUCAGGACCCCCAACCCAAAAGCCAGCCUCUGCUCAGAGUCCUCCUGCUGUUCUCUUUGCUACUGCAGUGCAUGCCUACAGAUAUGUUAACGGACAGUAUGCGAAACAAGGCAAGCUGGGAGCUGCGGUCCUUGGAAAUCAUACAACUAAAGAGUACAAGAUCCUGCUGUAUGUCAGUCAACAGAAGCAGGUGACGGCCGCCAGGAUCCACAGAGGCUUCAUCCUCACUGUCCAGCCCAGUAACUACUGCACGUUUUAUGAUGAUCAGAGGCAGAAUUGGUCACUGAUGUUUGAAUCGGAGAAAGCGGCUACAGACUUUUCUAAAGAGGUUUGUCUUGCCAAAGUGAACUGCGGUGGUCCGGUAGAUUCUGUCCUGACCCAGGAUCUUCUUCUUGGUGAGGGUCAGGCUGUGGAGAAUGGAGACUCUUUAGAGGUGGCCUACUCUGGCUGGCUGCUGCAAAACCACACCGUCGGACAGAUGUUUGACUCCAAUCUGAAUAAAGACAAGCUCCUGAGACUGAAGCUCGGGGCUGGGAAGGUCAUCAAGGGCUGGGAGGAGGGGAUGUUGAACAUGCGCAAAGGUGGAAGGCGCCUCAUGGUGAUUCCGCCCGGUCUCGCAUACGGAUCGCAGGGCGUUCCCAACCGUGUGCCGCCGGACAGCAUACUAGUCUUUGAAGCAGAGAUCCGCCGGGUUAAGUUUGCAAAGGAUGGAAGUUCGAGUGAUUCGGCGGCUCCAUCUCCGGCUCCCAGCGUUGAGAGUCUGGGCCCCUCUGAGCUAAACCAGCCGCUCAGCUCUGCCCCACAACCCGGCAAACCCAGUGAACCGCCGCUUCGAGCAAAAUCAAACUCCCUCAGUGAACAGCUCAGUAAUCCUGAUGCCACUAAAGCUAAACUGAUCUCACGCAUGGCCAGAAUGGGUCAGCCGAUGCUGCCCUUCAUCGCCGGCCCAGCCUCAUCACCCUCACACCCAGACUCCAGCGACUCCGAACUCGAGGACCCGAGUGUGUCCAGACUCAAGGAACGCAGCAGUGCACCGUCGCCGCAGCCUGUACACAUGACCUCCGCCCCUCCGCCUUCAGUGCAGGGUACGGCCCUUUUACCUGUUUCUUUGGCAACGGCCAAUCCACAGCCCAUGAUGCCGGGAGUCGUACAUGCCUUUCAGCCUGUAAGCCAGAUGUACCCCACACAGACUGUGCCUUACCAAGGAUCUAGUGAUGUCACAUCCUUCUUGAUGACCGAGGCUCGACAACACAACACUGAAAUCCGAUUGGCUGUUGGGAAAGUGGGAGACAAACUGGACCACUUGUCCUCAAAGAUUGAUGACCUACAAAAGCAAGGCAGUGUUUCGUUGGGCUUAUCGAACAUGUCCAUGGAAACAGCCAUGAUCAUGCACAACAUUCAGAGAAUCAUACAGGAGAAUGAGUGUCUGAAGAAAGAGGUGUUUGAGAAAAGCUCACGCAUAGAGGAGCAGAACCGCAAGAUCGGCGAGCUCAUCAAUCAGAACCAGAGGUACGUGGAGCAGAGUAAUCUGAUGAUGGAGCAGAGAAACGACUCUCUGAAGAACAGCAGUGAACAGAAUCAGACCAGAAUACUGCAGGCAGAGCAAGACAAGCAUGCACUGCCACUGGAAUUGAGUUGGGAUCAGGCACGUUUGACCGAGGAGUUGGCGUCGUCGACAGCGCGCGUGUCGGAGCUGCAGCUGGAGUUGAGCGCGCAGCAGCAGAAGGCCGCGUCACUACAGGCCAAACUCAACUCGGCCCUGCAGGACGGUCAGCAGCACAGCACACAGAUCACAGCGCUGGAGGCUCAGACACUGGAGCUGAAGGAGACGGCAGACAGAGUACAGGGUCAAUACAAGAUGGAGAAGCAGAAGCGGAAGGAACUGGAGCUCAAACUCAACAACAUGGAGGAAGAGCUGCAGGACAUGAAAACAGAGAAGGACAGUCUGGAGCGAACUCUCUCUGAGAGGAAGCGGAAGUGGCAGGCCGAGAGACAGCGCUGUGAUGAGGAACUGGAAGAGGUGAGGAGGGCGGGCCAGCAGGAGAUGGACAGCCUCAGGAGCCAAUUACGUAAAGCCAGAACGAGCACUGACCACGCAGCAGCAGAACAGCUGUCUCAGUUGCAGGCGGAUCUAGAGCAGGAGUGGCAGGUGAAGUGUGAUCAGGCUCUGGCAGCGGCACGUGAACAGCAGAGGAGAGAGACGACUGAACUCACAGAGCACAGAGACGCACUGCAGCUCAAACUCACACAGCUGCAGGAGAAGUUUAAUGCACUCAAACAGUCCCGUGAGUCAGAGGAACAGCGUUUACUUCAGCAGCAGGACCAGGGAGAAGAGCUACAGGCCUUGAGAGAAAAGUGCCGUGCGCUGGAGCAGAGAGCGGCGCUGCUGAAGCAGCAGGAGGAGACGCGUGUUUCAGAGCAGCAGCAGACGGACACAGCAGAAGAGGUGAAGCGUGUGAUGAAUGGAGUGUUUCAGUCGCUCCGAGGGGAGUUUGAUCUGAACGAGACCUACUCAGGAAGUGCUGUUCUCCGAGUGCUGGUCAACACUAUCAAGAGUGUCACACUGCAGCUCCUCACUAAACCUGAGAGAUCUUCACCUGAACACAGUGAAAAAGAGGAGGACGAGGAGGAGAAUGACGAGGAGAGAGAGAGCGACGCACAGCACAGUCAGGCGCACAUGAACGGGCAGAGAGAGGAAGAGGAGCCGACGGACACAGAUCCUGAAGAUGGACUGCCACAAGUGGAGGAGGAAGACGUUACACCAGCAGAAGAGAAGAAGGAAGAAGAAACGGAGGAAAUCGAAAGUGAACAGGAAGUUGUAGAAGAAAGCAAUAAAGAGAAAGUUGCGGAAGAGAAGGAGGUAGAAGUUAAUGUCAGCACAGAACACAAUGUGCAAGAUCAGGACCGUGAAACGACACACAAAGAAGAGGCUGAAAGUGACGUCACACCCACACAGGAAGUGGCCGCAAAGCUGCCUGAUGACAUCAGUCCACAGGAAGUGAAGGUAGUUGAUGAGAGUGUCGCAGGGCCUGUAGAUAAAGCAGAAAGUACACUGACGUUAGGCGGACCUCCCAAGAACCCGCCGCCACCCCCUGCUGCUCUACACAAGGACUCCAGCGCCACACCUGCACAGAUCGACAGUUCAUCUGAGAGGGUAGAAGAGGAAAAUGGAGAGGAACCAUUUUUCCAGAGUCCCGUCUCGCAUGCACCCGCACCUCCACCCGCAACCACACCCGCAGCCGCACCCACAGCGGCCGAUGAAGAGGAGGAGGAGCUGAGUUUAAAAGGACGGCCCCCUCCCGCCCCUCUCUUUGGUGAUGAAAGUGAUGAUGAUGAUGACCUGGACUGGCUGGGCUGAUGUGACCCUUCUGAACACCAGUGUCAGAUGACUGCUGGCAAGGAGGCCAAAUGAACUGUGUUUGUGUGCUGGACCAGCAGGGACUUUAAUUUGUGGGGAUGGAUGGUGCGAGAAACAUUUCAGGAUUUUGUGAUCAAAGAGAGUAACUUCCUGUCCAAAACCUUGAAACGCAUUUGAAUGAAUCUUGAUGGCGAUAUGAACUGAGUGCUGCUUAUAAACUGAUUUACUGCACAUACAGCAAAAAAAAAUCAUCUUUAAAUCUACAAAUACUGUAAAUCAUAACAACUGAAUUCUUUUUUUUAAAAAAAAUCUUAAUUUAUGAUUCAGUGUUCCCAUCUUUAAAACAGUUUUCAUGUUUAAUUCUGAUGACAUUAGCUUGCUGUCUCUGUUCUUAAUAUUUAUACAUUGUACUAACAGCAACCAAUUACAUAUUAAAGAAAUGAGACUGUCA